UGUGACGCGCAAAACCUUACAACAACGCGGCGUAUUGCGGCGCAGCGUCCCAUGCCUGGUCCCAUGUGUAAUGCGUCCAAUCCACCAGUCACCUUGAUUACGCAAUGGUGUUUUCGUAACAUGCUUAGUCAAGGGCUUAGUCUGGGCCCUGAAUUCAAUGCGUCUCGCCUGCCUCACAACAGUCAAUGUCAUCCCUGCGAAGUUCUGCCAGUGGCGUGCGCUGGAACGCGUACGGCGGACCGGACUGAGAGCUCAGUCGGAUAGCGCCGCAUGCAAUAGCCGACGCUAAUUAACUGCACCUCAUUAACCUGUGCUGUGCUUAGCUCCAUGCUGUGCGAUAAGACCCGGAACGGACGUGAUAGGGGCAGUCGAACAAGAGACGGGAUAUUGGAUCCGAACGUGCGCGACAACGCCGCUGUGUUUGGGCUCUGGAUGACGGCAGCGCACCAGGCACGUGACAUAACGCAGACGGGCACCAGCCGGCCGGUGCUGUGCAGCGUCGGCUUGUAUCUGGUCCGAUGGUAUCCUAUACGACGCCACAUGCAGUCGCAGUUCGUCAGGAAGUCCUAACAAAACUAUUGUGAGCACUGAGCAGCUGUGCGGCCCCUCCGCGGUGAACAGAACGGCUCUGCCAGACCGCUGCCGGCCGCUCCGCAUCUCCUGGCCCUGUGUGCGUGGCUGGGGAGGGGAGGUGGCCGCGUGCCGCGGGCGCUGCACCCUCCGGCACACCGCUGCGGUGGCUGGGAGCAGUGUGCGCUGUGCCGAGGACCGGCACACAGUCGGGUCGGCGCCGGCGACCCGUCCCCGACCGUGAUCAAUACCGUGGCGGCGCGGCGCGGCGCCGACCCCGCCCGCCCGCCACUCAACAGGCUGACGGCGCCCGGUGCGGGCACACGACCAUGGCCGAGGAGCGGCUGGUGCUCACCAAGAACGAGGUCACGGGCAGCAGGCAGGCCUCCGAAGAUGAAGAGAAAAAAGAGCAGAGCUCGCUGACAUCUGCCAGCUUCAACUUCAUAAACACAAUAAUCGGCAGCGGAAUCCUCGGGAUGCCGUACGCGCUGCGCCAGGCCGGUGUCGGCCUGGGCCUGAUGCUGUUCGUGCUGGUCGCCUGGAUGACGGACGCCUCCAUCCUGAUGCUGGUGCGCGCCGGUAACCUGGCCGGCACCAGCACCUACCAGGACACGGUGAUGCGCGCGCUCGGCCCGCCCGGCUACUACGUGCUCGUCUUCCUCCAGUUCACCUACCCGUUUGUCGCGCUCCUGAGCUACAACAUAAUCAUUGGCGACAACUUCACAAAGGUGCUGCUGCGAAUGACGGGCGUGCCGGCCGACAACCUGGUGGUGCGGCGAGAGUUCAUCAUCAUCGCCUCCACGCUGCUCAUCACGCUGCCGCUCUCACUCUACAAGAACAUCGGCAAGCUGGCCAAGGUGUCGCUGCUGUCCUUCCUCAUCAUCCUGACGGUGAUCGUGGCGCUCAUCUACCGGACCGCCACCAUGUGGGAGCAGGUACCGGUGGCGGAGGAUGCCUGGGUGUUCGGCAAGGGCGGCGUCGUCCAGGCGGCCGGGGUGCUCGCCUUCAUGUUCAUGUGCCACCACAAUGCGUUUCUAAUCUACUGCUCGCUGGAUGAGGCCACCGAGGAGCGCUGGGCGCGCGUCUCGCACUUCAGCAUCAUCGUCUGCGCCGCCGUGGCGGCCGUCUUCGGCGUCUCCGGCUUCGUGCUCUUCAACUCGUACUCGCUCGGAAAUCUGCUCGAGAACUACUGCUGGCACGACGACUUGAUGAACGUGAUGCGGCUUCUGUACACCAUCACCAUUCUCUUCACCUAUCCCAUGGAGUGCUUUGUCACCAGAGAAGUCAUCGAAAACACAUUCUUCAUCACCGACAUGAACAGGAACGAGCCGCACCCGUGGUCCCGCCACGUGCUGCUGACUGUGAUCAUCUGUUUCUCUGUGGGCAUCAUCUCACUCCUGGUCGAAUGUCUUGGCGCUGCGCUGGCCAUCAACGGCACGCUGUUCGCCACGCCGCUGGCGUUCGUGCUGCCGCCCAUCUGCUACAUCCGCCUAUCGCCGGAGAAGCUGGCCAGCCGCACCAACGUGGUGCCGCUGGUGGUACUGGUGAUUGGCACCGCGAUGGGCGUGUGCGGUAUUGUGGAGGCGUUUAUGCACCUGAGCGACUACUCGUCCGAGUGUAACCAUGGCCAGGAGAUGUUCUACUGUUCCGCGAACCAGACCUGGCCCGGCCACUCGGGUCCCCGCUACCCGGACCAGUUCUGAUGGGGUCUCUCGCACAAACUGCCAUCAAGCUCGUCACCGGUUCAGGCCGCCCUCGAGCGCUCUGCGUCGUCGUGAGAUGGUGUCGGUCUCAGUUGGAUUGUCAGGGGGUCGCUUUGCUGGCUACAGCGGGCGGCAGACCAGUGCAGAUUGUUGUGGGUCGGCUGUGACCCGCCCGGUGCCGCGCCGGCGUGACCAGUGCGUCCAUGCCAGCCAUGGAAGGCCGACUGACCGGAAAGCGGCCAGAUGUUGUGUACUCUACUGGCAAGCUUCUCGUACACCGCCAUCUACCGACCGACUAGUCGAUCGGCUCAGUGGCUGGGCCUGACACAGAUUCAGUCUGUUAGCCUGUUAGCCAUCUCCGGUCACUCUAUGGUCACACGUCUUCGAUGGACAUGGGUUGGUUAGUUUUGUUAUGAAGUCAAGAUCUUGAGACGCGAUCGUUUCUAAAACCGGCAAACGUGAAAAUGCAAUGGCUAAGAGCGUUGUCAGUUUUUAUUGUCAAAAUAGUAUUGGCGGUGAUUUAUGUUUUUAGUGCCGAGAGGCGAGAAACAUUUGUUUGGUUGUCUGUUUCUGUUGUGUGUGAAUUUACAGCCCAUUCUGUUGACAUGAAAUGUAAGAACUUUUGUCCUUUUAUGUGAUUAGCCAAUGUCAACCACUCGCCAGGCCCAGAAAAGGCUAAAUGGAGCCCGUUUUCAGCACCAGCUGUAUUCAUAUUUUUAAGUCUUACCUUCUCUUUGAUCUGAGCAUAUCCCAGGUGGAUACCAAAUUGACAUGAUUUGCGCGCCACACAUUUACACAGCUGUGCUAUUUAGUCUCAGGCUCUCGUCUCUCGGUCACUUCGAGGUCUAUGUCCGCACAGUUAUGUCUACGUGGGAGAGCGGGGCGGACUACUCAGGGCUCCUCGCGCCUGGGGAGCGGUUGGGAGGGUCAGCUUCUACAUGGUGAGAGCGUUUUGUGACUGUGUUACUGACAGCUGUUACAGUAUUAUAUAUUAUACGUCCAAAUACAUACUAUGUGGCAUGUG